GUCUCCUCUCCAUACCAUCUGUCAUUAGUUACCUAUAUCUUCGAAAUUAAUACAUUUUUACCGUUUCUUCUCCAGACGCAUAUAGGAAACAUCUCCAAUGGCGUCGCCUCUGAAAGUGUGCAUUGUCGGCUCUGGAAACUGGUGAGUUCAGUCACUGUCAAUGGUCAUUGUUGCUCCUGUCGAUGAUAGGCAACAUGCCUUGCAACCUAUAGAGAUUGUCAGAUAGAUCUUACUGGGUUAGCUGGCUAGCUAGAGCAGCACAAGUUGGCAGUGUCUGACGCUUACAAUGUAGGCCUAUCUCUCUUUGGCGCAGAGGCAGGCGCGGCUUGUUACAUUGUAGCUAUUGUCAAGGAAAACAAACCUCUCAUAUGGCCAUGAGCAGAGCAACGUGGGUUUUUUAAUGUACUUAUGUUGAGGGGACUACAAUGCAUUUCUGUAGGAUAAUGUUUAAGGGAUAAUGUUUUGACAUGAGCAAAUUAUUGAGAAGGGACAAGACAGAAUUUUCUAGGUUAUCCAUUCUAAAAUGAUGGUGAACAGUUAUGAUAAUAAUUUGAUUGUUUUUGCUAUUGUCUCUUGCCACAAGACGAUGGUAAAUGGUAUAUUGUAGAUAAGUGUAAUGUACAUAAAUGAUUCUUCUUCCCUACAGGGGUUCAGCCAUUGCCAGGAUAAUUGGCAGUAAUGCUCAGACCCUGCAGCGCUUCGCCACCACAGUCAAGAUGUGGGUGUUUGAGGAGAACGUGAACGGCAGGAAUCUCACAGACAUCAUCAACACAGACCAUGAGAAUGUCAAGUACCUGCCUGGAUACAAACUGCCUGACAAUGUGGUAAGAGGACUGUCUGAACAGAAAUGAGCCCAACAGCUGUUUCACAUAUUUGUUCCAUUCCAGCACACAGCUGACCAAAGCAUUACAGUCACCUCAUUGAAAUGAUAUCUUCCACCCGCUCCCUCUCCUUCUCCCUCACUCCCUCCCUCUCUCUCUCUGUCUCUAUCCCUCUCUCUCUCUCUCCUCUCUCCAUCUCUCUCUCUCUCCAUCUCUCUCUCUCUCCCCCUCGCUCUCCCCCUCCUUCCCUCUCCACAGGUGGCUGUACCCCAGCUCCAGGAUGCUGCUGAGGGGGCUGACCUCCUAGUGUUUGUGGUUCCUCACCAGUUCAUCAGGAAGCUGUGUGAUGAGAUGGUAGGCUGUGUCUCCUCUCAGGCCAGGGGAAUCACACUCAUUAAGGUAAGAGUUUCACGCCGCCAAACGUCGUAUUCUUAUGUUUGCUCUGCAACCUAGAACACAUAAGGGUUCACAAGGCUAUAUGGAGCCCUCUCAUUUCUCAGUGUCCGCCUCAUAAUUUAGGUUCUAAAUUAAAGGUGAAAAUAUGUAUUUUUCUGUAUGCUUAAAAAACAUAUUUUCCAGGACGUUGAGAAAAUGCAUAUUUUCCAGACGUUGAAAAAUACGUAUCUUCCGGAUGUUGAAAUCAGGUAAAUUUUCGGUUCUGAAUGAAAGUUGAAAAUACUUAUUUUCUGGAUGUUGAAAAUACGUAUUUCCCAGACGUUGAAAAAUGUAUUUUCCGGAUGUUGAAAUCAGGCUAAUUUUUUUAUUCUAAAUGAAAGUUGAAAAUAUGUAAUUUAUAGACGUCUAUAAUUGGUUCAGGUUUGGUCCAAAAGGCGUUGCCGUCGGUCCGUGCUUACUGAGGUGGAGCCUACAGUGUUGCCUGAAAUAGAAUUUUAUGAAUGCCCAUCUAUGGUUACCAUUUGUAAAACACCCCCCAAAAAAAUGACUUCUGGUCUGGACCAAAAAAAAGACAUCCAAAAGACGUCGGCUCGCGCUUACUGGGGUGUAGCCUAACGUGUUGGCCCCCAAUAUAAUUUUAUGAAUGCCCAUCCGUGUGGUAGGCCUACCGUUUGUUAAACAGACCGUUACAUUGGCUUUACUAGUCCUGAUUCCUGUGGCUAAUCAAUUUGGCUAUUUAAGCUCUGAAUAUCAGCUACCCAACUUUAUCAGGAGUUAUCGUGAGCCUAUUUGCAAUGUGUUUACACAGCGGGAAAUGCAGAAGUGUUUUCUUUUUCGCUAUGAUCAGCUUGUCAAAAAUGUACAGAUACAAACUUGAAAUCACUGGUCAUGACAAUGGGGUGAAACUCCUGGACAACAGUUGUGAUUGUCCAUUCCAUAUUGUCCAUUUUACUUUGACCUGUCCUGUUUUUAGGAUAUGUUGUUUGUUAACAUGACAGCACAUUUUUUAUUUGAUUGAGCACCAUUUAGGUUAGGCUAUUUGAUCUGAGAAACCUGCAUGAUGUAAAACGUGUCCAUCUCAUUACAUUGUCAUACAUGUUAUCUCCAGCCUGUAGGCGUCAGAAAAGGCCACAUACUAUUUCUACCAUAUCCUAUAUCUGCUACUUGAUUUAAGUUAGAUAAUUUUUUUGACUGAAUGUUAGUGGAGCGCUCCAGCGAUGCGUUUCUCCAACAGCACCCUGUAGGGCAUGCUGGGAAUGGACAAGCAAAAUAUUUUGCGCCCCUGCCUUUUACAAAGUGGCCACUGCUUAUCACAGGGUGGCAUCAAUGCUCACCUAAAAAGCCCUUAUGCCACUGGUCAUUAUUUUUGGGCAGAAUUAUGUGAGGUUUUAUGUGUUGUUGUUGGAGGUGCGUCUUGGUUUAGUUCAUCAAUCUGUCACCAUAGGCAGCCGCUUAAUCCUGCCUAAUGAGCGGGCCAGCCGUGUGUAUGGGCCUGCGUCUCAUUUUAAAUUUUUAAAUUUUUAGUCAUUUAGCAGACACUCUUAUCCAGAGCGACUUACAGUUAGUGAGUGCAUACAUUUUUCACACCAAUAAUGUUGUGUUGUCAGAUAUUGACCUCUGCACUACAGCAUGAGACCCAUGACAGCUUGUCUCAUCUAUAAAUAGAUAGUUUGUCUGCUGAACAUAUGGCUUUCUGUCACUCUUGUCCGUCACUCUGUCACUCUGGCAUAGACCUCAUCUGCUGAACAUAUGGCUUUCUGUCACUGUCAGUCUGUCACUCUGUCCAUCUGUCAGUCACUCUGUGAGUAAGUCACUCUGUCACUGUCACUCUGUCAGUCACUCUGUUACUCACUCUGUUACUCACUCUGUCACUGUCAGUCACUGUCAGUCUGUCACUCUGUCUGUCACUCUGUCAGUCACUCUGUCCAUGUCACUCUGUCUGUCAUUCACUGUCAGUCACUCUGUCAGUCACUCUGUUAGUCUGUCAGUCACUCUGUCAGUCACUCUGUUAGUCUGUCAGUCACUCUGUCAGUCAGUCUUAGGGUUGAAUGGUGGGAACCCGGUUACCGAAAUUUACCAGGAUUUACCGCCCAAAACCACUCCCUUUUCCCAGGAUAAGAAACGGUGAGAAACCGGUAAAUUAUAAUAAAUUAUUUAUAUGAACAGCAUGGUGUGAAAUGGAACUGUUAAAUUAUAUGCGAUGUCUAAAUCUGGCUUCACUACAGCCUCUGCAUGAUGAAUCAACGCUCAGGGUGGGGUCAGACCCCGUAUGGAGCGCAGUUCACAAUGCAUGUAGACUUGCAUGUAACUUUUUUUAUUGUGACAGGUAGACCUACAUUUGCUGCAGCAUUGCCUAUGCUACAGUAAUAUAAAGACAGAAUGCGCAUCUAAUUUACCCAUCUACAUCUGGCUUUCAGGGGUCACCUUGUUUUUUAAUUGUAAAGAAAAAAAAAAAAAAAUUGCAGCUGCAGAGUUUUAAAACAGCCUAUCACUAGAAUAUCGUUGCUUUAAAUCAGUGCACGCUCGAGUACUCUCUCACAGUCUUUCUCUCUCUCCAUCAACUCCAUUCAAAUUGCAUCCAAAAUAGAUAAUCCUGUUCUAGAUUGAUAUACUGUAUAGCCCUAUAUAUAGAUGUCCUAGCCUACCUCUUUCAGGUAAUACAUUCAAUGCAGUAUUAGCCUUAUAUUUAGCUAAUUAAUGGUGGGUUAUGCAUAAUAAGCUUCUAACUUAUAGCCUCUGUCUCUUGUGCAAUAUGCAAGCACCUGUGCCCUGCUGACCUCUCCUUGGAGUCACAUGCGGCAAAAGCUAGACUAGAAUAGCUUGCUGGACAUUAUAUAUUUUUAGCAUUUCUUAUACCAAUAGACUAUUCGAAUAGGCACGCAAGCUCUUUUUUGCUGAAUGUUAAAUGCAGCAUCCAAUAGAACUCACAUGUAGCUUGAAAGAAGAGCGAACGCGCGAUGGCGGUAGGCUAUAGCAGUUAUUUAUUCAGACCCAACCAUUCAAUCUUCGUGAAGAGAAGUGAAAGCCUUCUGCAUCUAAUUCUAGUCCUAUAUUAUUCAAGUAUGUCAUUAGAAUGAUGAAGAUAAGGACAAUUAAACGAAUUUCAUGUAUCUGUUGAAAGCCAGGAAGGAAUGAAGCAACAAUAGAGAGAGAAAGAGGAGGUAGGCUAAUAACAUAAGGGGAAAUAUUAUCAAAGGUAUAUAUAUAUGCGUCAGCCUACUAAUUAUACAAAUAGGCCCAAUUAUACUUGUAACUUUUUAGGCCGCAUGUGCUCUAACAGAAUCACAUGUUCUCUUCUGCUUUAUCAUGGUUUGAACGAUGUACGUAAUUCCAGUCCAUAUAACACAGUAUAAUAUAAUACAGUACAGUAAUACAGUUCACACUCAAAAAGAUUUGCCUAAUGGAGCUAGUUUCAUUUAUUUACCCAAGAGAGCAUAUAGCUAGCUACAUCUAUGGGCUUUAUAUAGCUAGCUACAUCUAUGGGCUUUUAAAUAGCUAGCUACAUCUAUGGGCUUUUAUAUAGCUAGCUACAUCUAUGGGCUUUAUAUAGCUAGCUACAUCUAUGGGCUUUUAUAUAGCUAGCUACAUCUAUGGGCUUUAUAUAGCUAGCUACAUCUAUGGGCUUUUAUAUAGCUAGCUUCAUCUAUGGGCUUUUAUAUAGCUAGCUACAUGUAUGGGCUUUUAUGUUUUUUUGUUGUGCGUAAUACGACCCACUAAAACCUGUUCUACAACAGCAGUCUACUCUAUUCUGUUCUGCUCAGCUCUGGCCUUUUUGAGACUGUUGACUGUUAUUACCAACAGCCAGCCAGACAGCCAGACAGACAGGGUUAAUAUCCUCCUAUCCAUGACAACAGAGAGGUUUAGUGCAUGGUGAAAUCCAUGUGUUGUGGUAACAGAGCUGAAAGAGUUGAACGUCCAGCUCUGGCUCUGGAGAGGCUAAAGGGGCUGGUUUAAACCUCUUGAUUGGGCCACAGCAGGGCCUUGUAUUAAACAUCUGGAUUGGGCCACAGCAUGACCUUGUAUUAAACCUCUGGAUUGGGCCACAGCAGGACCUUGUAUUAAACCUCUGGAUUGGGCCACAGCAGGACCUUGUAUUAAACCUCUGGAUUGGGCCACAGCAGGACCUUGUAUUAAACCUCUGGAUUGGGCCACAGCAGGACCUUGUAUUAAACCUCUGGAUUGGGCCAGAGCAGGACCUUGUAUUAAACCUCUGGAUUGGGCCACAGCAGGGCCUUUGUAAAGGGGGAUUUGUGUGGUUGAGAAGCCAGGGGAUUCUGAGAAGCUUUGUUUUAGUGGAGAGGCUUUUAUAAUUAAUGCUACGUAAUGAUCUACAGGCUCAUUUAUUUUAGUGGAGAGGAUGGUCUUCUCAUUCUCCAAGAAUGUAAUCAGACAAUUAUGGUGUUGGGAUUUAUUUAAUAGGCUACUCUCUCUCAUUAGCCUGCUCUCUCUCUACUGUCUAUUCAUUUAUUCAUGCCUAGUCUUAAAUCAGUUACAACUACUUCUGCAAGGUUCUAGUUAUUUAGGAAGUGUUUGUACUUGUCAGAGUGUGUAUAAAAAGCGAGUCCACAGCUCCUUGGUUGGCCUAGUUUGUUUCUGUCACCAGCUGGUUCUAUCUCUCUCCAAGGCAGCUAAGCUCCCACGUCUGGCUUAUGAUGUUUGGAUAUUUCAAGAGUGAUGUUUACUGGGACAUGAUAUGCUCUCCUCUCGGUACUCCCAUCCAUGUCCCAGAUUGAGUUAGCGUCAGCAGGAGAGAGUAGGCUAAUGUCAGAGGGAGUAGAGUAGCUAACUCUGUAUCUACUGUAGUGUUGUCUGUCUGUCCUUUCUGUCUCUCUGUCUGUCUGUCUCUGUCCUUUCUGUCUCUCUGUCCUUUCUGUCUGUCUGUCUCUCUGUGUCUCUGUCCUGUCUGUCUGUCCUGUCUGUCUGUCCUUUCUGACUCUGUCCUUUCUGUCUGUCUGUCUCUGUAUGUCUCUGUCCUUUCUGUCUGUCCUUUCUGUCUGUCCUUUCUGUCUGUAUGUAUGUCUGUCUGUCUGUCUGUCUGUCUGUCUGUCUGUCCUUUCUGUCUGUCUGUCUGUCUGUCUGUCUGUCUGUCUGUCUCUCGGUCCUUUCUGUCUGUCUCUCUGUCCUUUCUGUUUGUCUGUCUCUGUCUUUUCUGUCGGUCUGUCUGUCUGUCUGUCAGUGACAAGCCCCCAUGUGUGGAGUUGAGACAGCAGUCUGACUCUGUCUCUAUGUGUCUCUGAAUGGAUCUUUUUAGUUACAAACACAUAAUAAACAGAUAGAAACAGUAGUAAACCACUAAACAGUAGUAACAUCUCUCACCUCUCUCUUCACAGGGAAUAGCUGCUUCCUCACUCCUCUCUGUCAAUAUCCUCUUUCAGAUGGCUGUCUUCCUUUUAUAUUUUCUCUCACUUUGCCCUGUAAACAAAUCGAAUGAAAAACAGUAGUGAACCAGUAAACCAUAGUGAUUUAGCUGUCUCCUGUCCCCACAGGGAAUAGACGAGGGUCCGGAGGGCCUGAAGCUCAUCUCUGACAUAAUCAGGGAGAAGAUGGCUAUAGACGUCAGUGUUCUAAUGGGAGCUAACAUCGCCAACGAGGUGGCAGCAGAGAAGUUCUGUGAGACCACCAUCGGUAAGAAUACCCCAGCCUCAUUUAUAAUGCAUAUACAUUUGUAUACAGGAAUGUAAAACAAAGCUGUGAAGUUAUUUGAUAACUAUAUGGCAUGAGAUAUAUAGUAAUAAUGUCUCCUGAGUGGCGCAGUGGUCUAAAGGCACUGCAUCGCAGUACUAGCUGUGCCACUAGAGAUCCUGGUUCGAAUCCAGGCUCUGUCAUAGCCGGCCGUGACCGGGAGACCAAUGGGGUGGCGCACAAUUGGCCCAGCUUCGUCCAGGGUAGGGGAGGGAAUGGCCGGCAGGGAUGUAGCUCAGUUGGUAGAGCAUGGCGUUUGCAACGCCAGGGUUGUGGGUUCGAUUCCCACGGGGGGCCAGUAUGAAAAAAAUAUAUAUAUAAUAAUAAUGUAACUGUAAGUCGCUCUGGAUAAGAGCGUCUGCUAAAUGACAAAAAAAAAAUACAAAAAAAAUACAAAAAAUAAUACAAAGCAUGGACAGAGAUGGAGUGAUAGGCUGGCUAUGUGUUGGAUGUAAAACGUGUUGCUUUACCAGGCAGUAAGAUCAUGGAGAACGGCCUGCUCUUCAAGGAGCUCCUGCAGACUCCUAACUUCAGGAUCACAGUGGUGGACGACGCAGACACUGUAGAGCUCUGUGGAGCACUGAAGGUAACUCUAAGAUACUGUAGAGCUCUGUUGAGCACUGAAGGUAACUCUAAGAUUCUGUGGAGCACUGAAGGUAACUCUAAGUACCCAGCCCAGUGAGUGUAUGUGCAUGGUAAAAUGGAUACUUCCAUUGUAAAAUGGUAAUGACAUAGUAAUAACCUAUUACCUCUAUGUUUUCGUCUCUCUUCCUCAGAACAUCGUAGCGGUAGGAGCAGGGUUCUGUGAUGGGCUGAGGUGUGGUGACAACACCAAGGCAGCAGUAAUCAGACUAGGGCUGAUGGAGAUGAUAGCCUUCGCUAAGCUCUUCAGUAAAGAUGGCGUCGUCUCCUCUGCAACUUUCCUGGAGAGCUGCGGCGUGGCUGACCUCAUCACGACCUGCUAUGGAGGACGCAACCGACGCGUGGCCGAGGCAUUCGCCAAGACAGGAAAGGUAAGGACAAACGUCCAACUCUACACCAGAUCUGGGAUGGUUAGUGCCGGCUGACUGACCACUUGUCAGUUACACCACCCCAUGGCAAAGUCACAAAUCAAAACAAUGUGUUGUUUCAUUCAGAAAUGUGACGUUUUUCAGUUAGUAAACAGUAUAGACCUGACUCCUACAUAGAUACAUGGUAAUAUGUCAUGUAUUUUCAGUUAGUAACAGUAUAGACCUGACUCCUACAUAGAUACAUGGUAAUAUGUCAUGUAUUUUCAGUUAGUAACAGUAUAGGCCUAACUCCUACAUAGAUACAUGGUGGUCCUCUGUAGCUCAGCUGGUAGAGCACGGCGCUUGUAACGCCAAGGUAGUGGGUUCGAUCCCCGGGACCACCCAUACACACAAAAAAUGUAUGCACGCAUGACUGUAAGUUGCUUUGGAUAAAAGCGUCUGCUAACUGGCAUAUUAUUAUAUUAUUAUACAUGGUAAUAUGUCAUGUAUUUUCAGUUAGUAACAGUAUAGGCCUAACUCCUACAUAGAUACAUGGUAAUAUAUGGGCGGCAGGUAGCUUAGUGGUUAAGAGCGUUGUGCCAGUAACCGAAAGGUCGCUGGUUCUAAUCCCCGAGCCCACUAGGUGAAAAAUCUGUCGAUGUGCCCUUGAGCAAGGCACUUAACCCUAAUUGCUCCUGUAAGUCGCUCUGGAUAAGAGCGUCUGCUAAAUGACCAAUUAUAUUAUAUAUGUCAUGUAUUUGUCUCCCUGCUAGACUAUUGAGGUGCUGGAGCAGGAGAUGUUGAAUGGACAGAAGCUCCAGGGUCCUGCUACCUCAGCUGAAGUCUACCACAUCCUCAAACAGAAGGGACUGGUGGACAAGUGAGUCCCUUUCUGUCUUCCUCUCUCUCUCUCUGAUUGAUCCAGAUACAGUACCUAGCCAAAUGUAGUCUGUCACUCAUUCCACCUGUAUUACCCUGUGGUCCCAACCAUGAGCCCAGACUUAUGAUGGGGGAGAGAGAGAGAGGUGGUUGUAUCCUUCCAUUUUAACCCUAUGUCAUUCUGUUGUGUCUUUCCCAGGUUCCCUCUGUUUGGGGCAGUGUAUCAGAUCUGUUUCGAGGGCAAGCCGGUACAGGAAAUGAUCUCCUGUCUACAGAGUCACCCAGAGCACCUGUGAGUGCAGCUAGCUAGGUAUGCUAGGCUAACCUCAGAUAGCAGAGCUAAUUCUAUCUCUCCUCUCCAGCUGCUCUCCUCUGACCUCUAUCCAUAGAGGAGCUGUUCUCUCAAACAAGGGCCCUCCCUCCCCACCCUACCCUUCAAGGUUUAG